CUCAUAUUUAGGAUAAACCAACACGCCUGACAAUUUGGUGACCCCGACGUGAUCCUGAGGAGGAAUCUUUUGACCAGAAAGACCGGAGACCCCCAAGGUCCGAGGCUGCUCCUAUCGAUUCUCCACAUACUCAAACCAAAAGAUGGCCGCCGCCCCUGUCCAGACCCCCACCAACCAGCUGCAGCUUCUCUCUCAGCUGGAAGACGCAGCCUGCAAGGACGAACGUCAAAUCCAGAGUCUACGAGAGAUAAGUAUCGACCUUCAGUCACGUGCUGAUAUUGCCCUUGAACAGUUGCACCAGUGCAGAGCUUCUUUCGCAGAGAACGAGGAGAGUAGAGACCAACUGAGACGGGAUGUGAUGAACGGCAAACGCCAGCCCAACCAAACUCAGGACGCAGCAGAAAAUCACAGGAAAGAGAGUAUGGAGCUGCAACGCAACCUCAGUGAGGUCAGCAAAGAGAGAGACACUCUCAGCCAAUCAAACACCCAACUGAGAGAAAGUCUGCGAAGUGCAGACACCGAAAGAAUCAGUAUGAAGCGACAGUGUGAGGAGGAGGUGGCUGAGCUAAGCAACAACCUCAGAGAAGUGGAAAAAUCACGACUGGAAGUUCGGAAAGAACUCCAAGAGCUGCAGACUCGUCGGUCAGGGGAGGAGCCCCUUAAUCAGAUGGCUGCCGUUUCAGGAUUACAUUUGGAAAUAGCAGGCGCAGUAGUGCAGGUUAUGAAAAUCGAAAGAGACAAUCAACCCAUGGCUCCAUACGUUCAACCUGCUCCCUUCAGACCAAGAAGGGGGUACGGCCGUGGUCAGUAUAGAGGUCAAACAAGAGGAAACUCCAAUACUGGAUGCUACAUAUGCUGCCAAUCUGAACAUUGGGUCCGAGACUGCAAUUAUGAGGGACCAUCACCUAACCCAAACCCUAACCCCUACAGAGGGCAAGGCCCCCAUCGCGGAGGACCCCCAGGACGAGGCCGAGGAAGAGGCAUGCCCCCCGCACCCACACCAGAUGCAAACUGCCACCUGGGAACACGGCAACGGCUAUGACCAAUGAAGUUGCCCAGUGUCCACGGAAGGUCACGUCAUACCCCCAAUUAGACCCCAUAGUGACCUUUUAAAACUAAUGGAGAGUCCAUCCCCUUACCAUGUAUAAAUACAGCCCAAUACCCACUUUUAAACAAAACCCUCACCGGCAUUGAAUUAGGAAAAACAGUCACCUUGAUCAUAGGUGACAUUUUAGCCACAUUUUUAUAUGUCACCCCCUAAAAAGUCAACUUGGACCACAGCAUCACUGCAGUUCUGAACUUUAAGGAAAUUACUCAGGUGCUCAAACACUCUGACAUCACCUAUGAAUCAACAUGGCCAAUGGAAUAAUAUUGGACACACGCCCCAAAUAACUCUGAGGCCCUCUCCCAAGAAGAGAUCAAACUCAGAGAAGAUCUCCAAUCCAAAAAUAGCCCAGAUAUUUCUCAAACAGGCCCCUGGACCCACACACAUCAGUAGGAAACAGACUCAGAAGAACAUAGCAAUACUCUGGUGGCAUCAACACAUGACAGCUCUGGUAGAGAACUUAGUACACAAAUACAAUACAUGCAAUUCACACAACACUUAAAAGACCAUACAAAUGCCUAUGGGCCGUUUCCCUGUUUCUGAUGCGCCAUUCAAAGCGCUGACCACCAAGUACAGGGCAAUUUAGAAUAGGAGUUUGAUUCACCCUCAAUGUAACUAUUGUAAGACUCUUGUAAGCCUGAAAAUAAAUAUGUUUCACCACUUAAAGAGGAAUAAAUCUGAAUCCAAUUCAAGGACCAUAGGUCUAAAACACUUUAACUCAUAGCGUGUUUCAUCUUAAAUGAAAAGCACAAACCAUAAUACAAGCCCUUUGUUUACACUUUAUUGAAUGCCAUAUCUAUAAUCAUAUUUAAAUUUUGUUGCAACACUUUAAACUCUUAAUUUCAGUG